CGAAAAGCGAACAAAUGAGUAUUUCCAACUCGCGCAUAGUGCGGUUGACAGAGAACGCGCGUUUGAUAAGAUAAAAGUCGUUUCCGUUUUUCGCAUAUGAUUCUGUGCAGUUACACCUUUGGUGUCAACGAGAAUCUUAGACGAUUAUCAAAAUGACUGUUUAAUCUCGAUACUUUUUUUAGUCGGAUUAGUAUUAAAAUGGUUGAAGGAAAACACAAAGCGAAAAUUACUGUGGUUGGAGAUGGUUUUGUUGGAAAGACGUGUAUGUUGGUUGCUUAUACGAGAAAAGAGUUUCCUGAAGAAGAGUACAUACCAACAGUAUUUGAAAAUUAUGCUGAAGAAUUGCAAAUAGAUGGCGUGAAUUACGAUCUUAGUUUAUGGGACACUGCCGGACAAGAAGAUUAUGAAAGACUCAGGCCUUUAUCUUACCCAAAUACAACCUGUUUCCUCUUGUGUUUUUCGAUCAACACCAAAGAUUCUUACGACAACAUCAAAACAAAAUGGGCACCGGAAGUAAGACAUCACAUGCCUCACACUCCAAUUAUCCUCGUAGGAACUAAAAAUGAUUUACGACACGUUGACGAUCCAAAUCUUCAAUUGGUUUCAAUAAAAGAUGGUAAAAAAUUGGCGAAACUAAUCAAAGCUGAGUGUUAUUUAGAAUGUUCCGCGCAAAGAUUGCUGGGAUUAGAUGAAAUUAUCCAGGCGGCUGUUAGGGCGAGCAUGAAAAAGAAGAAACCACGAAAAACCAACGAUUCUUGCGAUCUUUUGUAGCUUACUUUUUAGAUGAAGAACGAAAAUUUUGUUAAUUUAAAUAAUUUCAAACCAUUAAUCUUAAUGUUUUUCUUGUGUACAUAAUUUUUUAUCUACCGAUAGCGUUAUGAUAGUUCUAUUUGAAUUUACUGUCUAUUUAGAAAUUAAGGAACGUGUACGCGACACACAAAAGGUAAAGAGAGACCGAAAAUUUGUAAGCGAGAAAUACUCUUUUUUUUUAAUAGAAAAUAAGAUUUAUUUUA